AUGCCGCCUUCGGAGCCAGCUCAAGACGUAAUCACCAAGCAGCUCCUCGAAGAGCUGUCUAAAACCCCCUAUGCAUGCUCGUCGCUCUCAGAGCCCCUGGCCACCAAACAGGGGAACUAUGUCUAUCGCGGCGUGCUGAUCCAACCCGUCCACCGCCCUGGCAGCAAUGCACCCGCCGGUAGCGUGAUAAUCAAGCACUGCACCAACACUGCCACGCCAUACCAGCCCUUCGAAGAAUCGCUCCUCCAAUCACUCGCCGCUUUCUCGCCCUCCACCACCGGAACCGCCGUAGUCGACGUACCGCGCCUCUACCUGUUCAGCCGCUUGGCCAACAUCCAGGUUCUGGAAGACCUCACCGACACAGCUUGGCUCCGCGCCGCCCUGUUCUCGCCCACGGCCGAGAAUCUACUCCCCCAGGCCAGCCACGCCGCCAUCGGCCGCGCCCUCGGCGCUUGGCUGCGGUCCUUCCACGCCUGGAGCGCGGCGCCCGCGCAGGCCGCGCUCCGGGCGCACAUGUGGCAGCACCACCCGGCGCGCAAAGCGAAGCACGACUUCACGUUCGGCACCCUGCUCGCGGUGCUGCGGGACUUCCCGCACCUGCUGCGCGGCCACGAGAGCACCAUCGCGGCAGUCCAGGACAGCGCGGCGAAGGCGCUCGAAAAGCCGUCUACCGGGGACGGCGACGGCGACGGCGAUGACGGGUGGGGCCUCGUGCACGGCGACCUGUGGUCCGGCAACAUCCUGCUCCCCAAAUCGGGGUGGCGCGAGGCGCCGCGCCCCGACGCGCCUCCGAACAGGGUUUUCGUCAUCGACUGGGAGUUUGCGCAAUUCGGGCACCGGUCGUGCGAUCUCGGCCAGCUCGUCGGCGACCUGUUGGAGCGCAGCGUAUACAACAGUCGCGGCACGGGCGUAGCCGCCAUGCAGAGCGUCAUCGAGGGCUACGGUGAUGUUAGCGAUGACAUGGCGUUCCGGACGGCCGUCUACGUCGGCGUGCAUCUCGUCAGCUGGUACCCCAGACGUCAGCUGAAGGGGCCCAGGGUCGUCGCCCCGGACGUGAUUGCGGCGGGCCUAGCGAUUGGGAGGGAUUUUGUCGUCAAGGGGUGGGAGAGGGAUAGGGCGUUCUUUGAGGGGAGUGCGCUUGCGCCAUUGUUUGCGAAAAGGUGA